AUGAUUUCCCAGUUACAGCUUGCAAUCGAGUAUGGCACAAAGUUCAUGGAAACAUCAGCAAAAGCGAAUCUCAACGUUGAAGAAGCAUUUUUCUGUCUUGCAAGGGAUAUUAAGAGUAAAAUGGAACGUGGACAAGCUCACACGAUUUCGCAAUCAGGUCGAGUCACGGUAGGCGGUCAGAAUCAAGCGAAAAAGGGCCUGUUCAGUGGAUGGAGUUGCGCUAUACUAUGA